CGCGGCGCGGGGCGCGCUGGCGGAUGAGUUGUGCGGACCUACGACGGGAGCGGCUGCGCCGCCGGGCCGGGUCAGCGUCGUGCGCAUGCGCGGACCCGGCGCCAUUUUGGUGGCCGGGCGCCGAGGUGAUUCCACACUGAGGAGAGCGCGGCGGCCGGGGGUGGCAGUGGCAGCAUUCGUGUCCUCGGGUCUGAAUCGCCGAGGGAGGAGGCGGUGGAGGAAGAGGUGGCGGCGGCGGCGGCGGUGGUCGUAGCGGUGGCGGAGGAGGCGGGUACGAAUCAGCUGCGGGCGGAGACAUGGCCAACAUCGCGGUGCAGCGAAUCAAGCGGGAGUUCAAGGAGGUGCUGAAGAGCGAGGAGACGAGCAAAAAUCAAAUUAAAGUAGAUCUUGUAGAUGAGAAUUUUACAGAAUUAAGAGGAGAAAUAGCAGGACCUCCAGACACACCAUAUGAAGGAGGAAGAUAUCAACUAGAGAUAAAAAUACCAGAAACAUAUCCAUUUAAUCCCCCUAAGGUCCGGUUUAUCACUAAAAUAUGGCAUCCUAAUAUUAGUUCCGUCACAGGAGCUAUUUGUUUGGAUAUCCUGAAAGAUCAGUGGGCAGCAGCAAUGACUCUCCGCACGGUAUUAUUGUCAUUGCAAGCACUAUUGGCAGCUGCAGAACCAGAUGAUCCACAAGAUGCAGUAGUAGCAAAUCAGUACAAACAAAAUCCUGAAAUGUUCAAACAGACAGCUCGACUUUGGGCACAUGUGUAUGCUGGAGCACCAGUUUCUAGUCCAGAAUACACCAAAAAAAUAGAAAACCUAUGUGCUAUGGGCUUUGAUAGGAAUGCAGUAAUAGUGGCCUUGUCUUCAAAAUCAUGGGAUGUAGAGACUGCAACAGAAUUGCUUCUGAGUAACUGAGGCAUAGAGAGAGAGCUGCUGAUAUAGUCAAGCUUGCCUCUUCUUGAGGAGCACCAACAUCUGUUAUUUUUAGGAUUCUGCAUAAUUUCUUUUAAACUGGCAUUCUUGCCUAAUGAUGUUAUCUAGGCACCAUUGAAGACUGAAAAAAAAAAAUUCCUGCUCUGUAAAUAAAGCUAAUUAAACGUCUGUAAAUUUAAAAAGGGGGCAUACUUUAAUUUUUUUUCUUACUUAAUAGUGUAAAAAUUCUUUGAGCUAAGCUAAAAACCAUGGGAAAAAACAUGCUACUUUAGUGUUUAGCAGUGUACCAAGACUAGCAAGAGUUUGCUUCAGGAUUUUGUUGAAUAAUUAAGAUAAUAUUUUGAGUGUGUCAGGGCCAUUCAAAUUGUUGGUGUUGCAUCACAGCUACCUUAACUGUUUUUAACAUGGAUCCUCUGUGCCUGUGAAUUUACUUGCAUGCUUGUACUUGACUUCUUAGGAUGGGUAGCUGAAAAGCCACCAUUUUAAGCAUUUGGGAAUACUUAAAUAUGAGGUUUAUCCAGAAUUAAAGAUGGUGACCUAUUCAGAGCCUUUUUGUCCUUGUCAACAGACUGGGACACCGUAUCUUUUUUUUUUUUUUUUUCCCCCUCUCUUACCACACACAGCUAAUAUUCUAAGGGUAAAUUUCUCUGUAUUUGCCAGGAAAUAUGCUAAGGGACAGUAUCCCUUGCUCCAUUUUCAGGUCAUAGGUUGGGAAUGUUUUGUCACAAUUCUUCAAACGCUCUUAAUGUUUUCUUGUGUAAGUAAGUAGUAAUGUAAAAAUGGAGCUGCCAAUUUUAUUUUUCUUGCAAAAACAGUAAAUACAUGACAUUGCAGUAUACCCGGAUUUAAGAAAAGAACCCAACCUAAGUUUUCAGUGAAUUUGACAUCUAUUUUUAAACUGAUGAAAUUUUUCUUUGAGAACUUGCAAGGAUGCAAUCAACUAUUUCCAGUAGCUUUUAGCCUAAUUUUAGGCUUUAUAGAGAUUGCUUUAUUGGAUACUUAAAAGUCAUUCUUGCUUGCACUUCCCCAUAUUGACACAUGAAAGCUGUGUUGGUGUUUUACUGUACAUACUUCAAAUGCACAUAGGAAUAGAAGUGUGUUAUAAAUCUAGCUUUCUUUAUGAUGUUUCUGAUAAUACGAGAAUUGAAAACUUUACCUUCUCUUGUACAUAGUCAGACUUUCUAUUCAUAUUAAAGUUACAUUUCAUUCUUAAGUUCAAAAGUUUGAAAUUAUUAGUUUUGCAAGCUCAAACACUAAUGUGACCAUUUUUUGAAGGUUGAAGUGGAUUUAAGCAGGCAGUUCUAUACGUAGAAAUACAGUUCUUAUUAAAUUUUCAGGACCAAUGCAAAAUAACAACGAUGUAAUGGAAUCAAAUUGAAUUAAAGUAAGGCUGUAUACUGAAAGUCAUAUUAUAAAAGGUUUGCUUUCUUCAAGUGUUAUUUAUCUUAAAUUAUAAUUGUUAAGUAUUUGGAAAAUAAUUUUUGAACCAUAAAGUCAGCAUAACUUCAUUUGACUUCUCAAUAAUCUUGAUACUAGAAGCAAUAAAAGAACCAUUAUUAAAUAUAUUGUAAUAUUAAAGAUGUGAAGGUUCUUCCAAAAACUUGUAAGGCUUUCCUAAUUAAUAGUAAACUCUUGUAGUUUAUAUUAUUGCAUACUAAACACAGUUUGGUGUUUUUCCUCUCAUAUGUUUGCCCAAGUGUAAAUUUCUUUAUACAAUCACCUUUUAUUGCUGUAGUUUAGUUAUUUCUAAAGAUGCCAAAGGAAACAAGAUUUUUCUUUAUUUAUUUUAAAUAGCUAAAACCUUGUUCUUUAUAUUUUGAAGUAAGGUGGGAUUGUGUGAAAAUGUGGACAUUGUUGGUUAGAAUUAAUUUUUUUUUAGUGGAGAGUGGCUUGUAAUAUUUGGAUUUUUAAAAAUAUCAAAUACACCUACCCAGUUUACUAUUUGCCUGUAUUAUCAGGGUAUAUUUGAAUGUCCUGUGGUUAGACAAAGGGGAGAGAACUCAGUGAUUACUAAGGGUCAAGGAUUACAUAGUUCACUCUUAGAGGCUUUGAUUUUUAUGCACAACAGCCCCAUAGGUUAUCUGCUCAUCUAACUACACUUCAACACCUCCAGUGCACAGGAAAUUGGAAAGUACAAUAUUUGGUUUGAGAGGUUCUCCAUAAUGGAUUCUUUCUUUAUUAUAAAAAUGUAUUUACCUCAUUUACAUAUAAUGUGAUAAUAAUCUUCCCUUCCUGGUAAAUUUCCCACUGUCCUCCUUCUGUGUUUUUGUUUUGCACUUCUCUACAGGUAGAUUUAAUUCCCCAAAUGUAGAAACUAAGACAAUUGAUUUUUCUUCUGGUCUUAAUUAUGUUUGGAAAAAGGACACUAAAAGUUCAGGCCUAUGGGAGAAGUAGCUUGGCAGAAAUUAUUUUUAUAAUUCUCAAUGUUUUACGAUUUGUCAGUUUUAAAAGCCUCAAAAAUUAUGGUUAAAAACGAUACAGUGAAAUCCAGUUUAGGGCAGGCAGAUUUGAUAGAAGCCACUGAUGCUUCAGUAGGCUUUUAUUAUAAUCAGGUCUAUUUCCUAAGUAUGUGCCUACAUUUUAAAAGAAGAAAUAAUUAGCUGUAUAGUAUUUCAGUACAGAUUACUGAAUGAAUGAAUGGACAGUAGUUUGUGACCCAAAUAAGUAUACAGUAGUAUAUAAAUAUUUGGGGAACUUGGUACUAAAUUAAAUGCUCUGAGUUGGCUUCCCAAAAUGUUUAGAAUUGUGACUGGUUUACGUAAAGACAGAACACAUUCGAGGAUAUAUAAAUGUUUGGAAUCUGCAUAUUUUGUUUUUGAGGAGAGUAAUCUAUGAAAGUAAGACUAAUUUUUUCUUUUUGGGGAGUAUUUAACAUUUGUGACUGGUGGCACCUAAAACUAUGCAACAUAAUUAUUUUUAAGAAUCUGUAAGAAAGAAUUGGCAAUUAAAAUGGAUUUUGAUUAUUUAUGCACUACAGAAUGCAGCAUAUUGUAUUACUAUUUAGGCUGCUUAAUAAGGUUACCAAUGUGAAAAGCAGAUCCUGGCUAUAAGUUUAUGCCUGAUUUGAGCUUUUAAAACUCUGCAGUAGGCAUAUGAUAACUUUUCACAGUCCUAUGUAGCAACAUGGGAAAUUAAGAAUUUUUAUUGUUGUUUUAAAGAUUUAAGAUGGAUUCAGACAGCGAAGAGCUGGAGCAAGGUAUACCUUCUUGUACAUAGAUGGAAACAAUGUUUAGAUAUGAAAAAGGAAGCCGUCUGUUUACAGUUAACUUUAUUUCAUGGACUUUUACUUAGUGAUGUUGUAUUAAUUACUUUUUCUAGUUCAAGGAAUUUUAAUUCUAGGGUACAAACUAUUGAUUUUAAAAUUUUGCAUUUCCAUUCUUUCAUUACCAGUUUAAAAUAAAUGCUUACCAUCAGCCAGUUGCUGUCACUGGGAGGAAGGCAACUUGAAAUAUUUACUAGUAAAUAGCCUUUUUUCCCAAGUGUGACUUUUCUUCAGUGUCUACAUAUUAUGUCAUAUUAUGUUAUAUAUGCACUGUUGCAAUAUAGAUCAAAAAUCUUGUGGCAUAGGGAUUAGGGGAGUGUUUCUAUCUCCCUUGUCCUAUUUGUUCUGUUACUGCUUUAUUGGGCUGAUCUACCUUCAUAAACCUACAUCAUCACCUAAAUGUAAGUUAUGAAUGUGUCACCUUUGCUUGGUUAUUUCAACCAUGCUGCUAUAUAUAAUCAGAUGUGGCACAGUUUAUCAGUUUGGUUCUAGGAGUGAGUGGAUAGAAAUCAUUGCACUGUGUUGUUAACUAUCCUUGUCUGUUUGCUGUUACCUACUUUUUACAGGCAUCAUAAUAAAAGCUAGACUAUUUCUUUGGGGGGACAGAGACUUAUUUAAUGUAAUUUAAGGACUUUUCCAAUAGAAAAUGAAAUACUAUUGAAAAUAAUAUCUAUUUUUUAGCUUUCAGCAAUUGAUGGUGCUUUGUUGUGGUGUCUGCUGGAAGUCUACUGCCAUUAUAGGGAUUUUCAUUAACCUCACUGAGAAAGAACCUUGCUUGUUGGCUUCUAUAGAUCUCUAUUCUAAACAAUCUGUUAGUGAUGAUAAAUUCUGUAGGAGGGUCUGUUCUGAGCCGUUAACUUCCUGUAAGGGGAAAAUGGGUGGGUUACCAGAAGUACCAUUGAAGCAGGGUGGGCUGUGGGUGGAGGGUUGGGUAUUUGUCUUGAAAAUUAAAAACUACAAAACACUUUUGUACACAACUGAUUUUUUAAAAAAUAAACACAUUUUUAAAGAU